AUGCCGAAGCUCGCAAAGACCGUGAAAAGUAGGAUAGAGCUUUUGAAGAGAGAAUUCGGCACGGAGGUAUUCACAUCGGACGGAGAUGUCCUGACUUGCAAGCCAUGCGCGAAGGCUGUGAACACAUCGAAGAAAUAUCACGUCCAGCAACACGUGAAUGGAGCUACGCACAAGGAACGAGUAAGACUCGCGAAAACUGCGGAUCAGAGUUUGUGUCUUCUUACGAAUUACGUUGAGCUCUCGAAGAAAGAGAGCAGCUUCAGUAUGGACUUGUGUCAGAUGAUGAUAGAAUGCAACAUACCGCUCUACAAGGUUCAAAAUUUGUCCUUCAGAAGAUUCCAUGCGAAAUGGUGCAACGGGAGAGUCCCCGAUCAAGCCUCGCUGCGCAAAAAUUAUCUGAAGAAGCUCUAUGAUGCAACCAUCACCCGGAUAAGAGACACUGUCGGCGAGAAUCGAAUCUGGGUCUCAGUGGAUGAGACGACUGACUCAAGAGGUCUUUACGUUGUGAAUACGAUUGUCGGUUGUCUCACGUCGAAUGAAGCGUCUGUUCCGAUGCUUCUAGGAACCGAAAUCGUAGAGCGAACAAAUCACGCGACAGUUGCGCAACCUCUGACGAACGCCUUGAAUCUCCUGUGGCCGCAAGGCAUAAAACAUGAGCGGGUACUCCUUUUCAUAUCCGAUGCGGCUCCAUACAUGAUAAAAGCGGGGACAGGAUUGAAAGUACUCUUUCCGAAGCUGGUUCAUGUGACGUGUCUAGCUCACGCCGUCCAUCGAGUCUGUGAGGAGAUUCGUGUCUCUUGCCCGAGCGUGGACGCUCUGAUUGCGAAUGUAAAGAAAGUUUUCGCCAAAGCCCCAUCGCGUAUUCGAGUCUUCAAGGAUUUGGCGCCGAAUCUACCUCUUCCCCCCGAGCCCGUAUUGACUCGUUGGGGUACUUGGUUGAAUGCAGCCUUGUACUACGCUGUCAAUCUGGAUGUGAUCGAAAAUGUCCUCGAAAAGCUCGAGAGCACCGACGCGGCUGCGAUACGGAAAUCGAAGGAGCUCGCCGCUGACCGCGAAAUCAGAUCUCAACUCGCCUCCAUAGCCUCGAACUUCUCCAGGCUCCCAGGGGGCAUAACCAAACUGGAAUGCACCUCUCAAAGGCUAUCGACGACGCUUGCCAUAAUUGACGAUAUCAAACGGGACAUAGUUUCUAGCACUGGUCAGAAGUCUCAUUCGAUAAAGUCGAAGUUCGAAAGAGUCUUGGACCGAAAUCCCGGCUUCGCGGAAAUGAAAAUCAUCCAGAUAACCAUCGAGGGUGAAGUCGGUAUUGGCGACGUUUCAGACCUAACUGUCACGGACCUGUCAUCAUUCACUUAA